AUGGCUUCCACGGAUCCCGCCAAUGCUGAGUUUCCCUACUCACUCACCAUCUCUCUACCCCUUCCAACCAAUCGUCUUGCUUCCUCCGCCAUGCGCGCACUAGAGGUUGACGCCGAACUAUCCCCUUUCGUACGACGGACUUUUGCCCUCGACACUACUAGUUCCGAAACCGCAUCCGAACCGCGAGAAAAGAAGCUAAAACAAGAUCCCGAAGAAUCUAAAACCGUGUUGAAAACCACCUACUCAGCAACCACCAAUCGGAUGUUGCGUGUUUCUGUGAAUGGGUUCAUGGAGAGUUUAGGCGUCGUCCUUGGAGUUAUGGCUGAAUUGGACGUUGAUGUGCUCAAGGCUGAGAUGGAGGGUUGA